AUGUAUCUACGCACUUUGAUAGUAGCAGGCUUAGCCUCGCUGAUACACGCCAAUUCCAAAGAUCUCACAAUCGAUCUUGGAUAUGAGACGUAUACAGGUGUUCAUAACCAGCUUAGUGGUUUAAACAUAUGGAGAGGUAUCCGUUAUGCGGCCGCUCCAAUUGGGGAUCUUCGCUUCAGAGGACCCGUUGAGCCAGAAAUUACCGGGAAUUCGGCGCAAGCUGACAAUUUUGGGCCGCCGUGCUUUCAGAGCACGGCCAUCGGGGUCCCUUAUUAUCCACCCAAUGCAAUCGCGAACGAGGAUUGUUUGUUCCUGAACAUCUAUGCACCAGACGGAGCCAAGGAUCUCCCUGUCUAUGUUUACAUCCAUGGUGGAGGGUAUGGUCUCGGAGACGGAAGGCAAGACCUCUCUGCACUGAUCAAUGAGAAUGAAAAUUCAUUUCUCGGCGUUUCUCUUAAUUAUAGACUUGGCGCCCUCGGCUUUUUGUCUUCAGAAGAUGUUAAAGAGAAUGGGGUUUUGAAUGCAGGUUUACUGGACCAGCAAUUUGCUCUGGAGUGGAUACAGAAGAACAUCCACCUUUUUGGCGGAAAUAAGUCCGAAGUAACCAUCUAUGGCAUUUCUGCCGGUGCUGGAUCGGUAUUGCACCAUUCGUUGGCAUAUGGUGGUACUCAAGGCAACAAGCUCUUCAAAAAUGGUAUGGCUGCCUCGCCUUGGCUCUCUCGGCAGUACAAAUAUAAUGACGAUUUUCCGACAUCCUUGUACGAACAGUUUGCCAGACUGAGCGGAUGCGGCGAGGAGAAUGACAAGCUAUCUUGCUUGCGUGGGAAGGAUAAUGAAACGCUUCAGCGUGCCAAUAACGAAACAAAUUAUGCUGGACCAUAUGGGUGGUGGAGCUUUACUCCUGUCAUAGAUGGGUCUUUUAUACAGUCUCUCCCAUCCCAGCAAUUGUUUGAAAAGAAGGAAGUUAACGGGCAGAAUAUGUGGGUCAGUUACAAUGCAGAUGAAUCGCCCUGGUUCGUGCCUCGGACCGUUGCCACUGAAGAGGAUCUUCUCGACCUACUACACGUUUCGUUUCCACACUUCGAUGAAGACGACAUUGCUUCAAUUCUUGAGGUAUAUUCUCUAUCUGAGUACGGGAAAAACUCAUCGAAUCCUCGCCUUGCAACAGCAGGAGAUAGCGGUCCCACUGCAGUGGACGUUUCGCCAUUUGCCAUCGGAAACCAACAGCGCGCAUACGUUAUUAUAGCCGAAUCAUCCUAUCAUUGUCCCUCAUACUGGUUAGCCUCGAGUUUUACUGAAGACUCCGCCAAAUCAUCGUAUGUGCACACCUAUACCAACCCGCCCGCUCUUCACGGACUCGAUCUAUACGCCUACCUAGGCCAGUCUGACGGGCCGCCUUCGCUACUAGGCCAACCUUUGCCCAACCAAGGCCCUGAUUUCGCUCACGCAUGGCGUAGAAUGCUUGGUGCGUAUAUCAAAACCGGGUCUCCCAAUAUUCCCUGCGGCGUUGCCAAGAAUCCUCAUUCUGACGUCUUAUCGAACUGGCCGAAAUGGGGAGAAAACCGCCUGGUGAAUUUCAAUCAAACUGGAGGGACUCCUACAUUAGAGGAUGUGCUCGGACUUCAUAUUUGGAAUAUCACUAUUAAUAAUGGCCCGGGGUUAGAAAAUGCAUUUAGAGAGGUCGAUGCUGAAACGUGGGAGGGGGGAAGAGGCAAGAGAUGCGAUUUUUGGAAACACAUGGCUUCUAAGGUGCCAAUGUAG